UCAAAUCCCUUUUGAUUGGAGAAUUUCCCGCCUACAGUCUGAGGAAUUUAAUCCACAGUUCUAGCAGCCAUUGAUGCACCACUCUCAACUCCUUCACCAACUGAAACAAUGCAUAAAAUUCCAAGCUCUUAUAGAAGGCCAAAAUAUCCAUGCCCACAUACUCAAAACCGGGCUAGACUGUUAUUUACCCCAUUUUUCCAAUGUCCUGAUAGAUUUAUAUGGAAAAUGUGGCCUCGUUCAAGAUGCCUUGAAGGUGUUCGAGAAAAUGCUUCACAGAGACUUGUUCUCUUGGGCAUCAAUUUUAACCGCUUAUAACCAAGCAUACCUUCCCCACCGAACUCUUUGCCUGUUUACCAAGAUGUCCUGGCUGGAUUACCUAAAGCCUGACCAUUUUGUUUUCUCGACCCUGAUCAAGGCUUGUGCCAGCUUGAGUAAUGUAAGGCUUGGCGAACAAGUGCAUGCCCGAUUUGUAGUAUCACCGUAUUCACAUGAUGAUGUUGUUAAGUCGUCUUUAGUUGAUAUGUAUGCGAAAUGUGGAUUUCCUGAUAAUGCUCGUAUUGUUUUCGAUUCAAUUUGUUCGAAAAAUUUGUUUUCUUGGACUGCUGUAAUAUCAGGGUAUUCUAGGAGUGGUAGGAAAUUUGAAGCUGUUCAAAUGUUUCAAAGUUUGGAAGAUAAGAAUGUGUAUGCUUGGACGGCAUUAAUAUCUGGAUUGGUGCAGAAAGGACAUUAUGUUGAUGCAUUUGAACUUUUUGUGGAAAUGAGAAGAGAAGGGGUUGAAAUCACGGACCCCUUUGUUCUGUCAAGCAUCACUGGAGCUGCUGCUAGCUUAGCAGCAUUGGAGCUUGGAAAGCAAGUGCAUUGCUUGGUUUUGACCCUUGGUUAUGAAUGUAGCAUGUUUGUUAGUAAUGCGCUUGUGGAUAUGUAUGCUAAAUGCAGUGAUGUGUCCAUUGCAAAGAAGAUUUUUGACAGCAUGUGGGAGAGGGAUGUGGUUUCUUGGACCUCAAUUAUAGUCGGUAUGGCACAGCAUGGGCGAGCCGGUGAAGCAUUGGUCCUUUAUGAUGAGAUGAUUAUGGCUGGACUGAAGCCAAAUGAGGUGACUUUUGUAGGACUAAUAUAUGCCUGUAGUCAUGUGGGAUUGGUAGAAAGAGGUCGUGGACUUUUCAACUCAAUGGUCAAGGAUUAUGGAUUGCUUCCAUCUCUGCAUCACUAUACGUGCUUAUUGGAUCUAUAUAGUCGAUCAGGGCAUCUUGAUGAGGCAGAAGAUCUCCUUACAGCAAUGCCUUUCCAGCCUGAUGAGGCUGCCUGGGCAGCCUUAUUAUGUGCUUGUAAGCGGCAUGGAAAUAUCAAAAUGGGUGUUAGGGUGGCUGAUCGUCUACUGAGCUUAGGACCAGAAGAUCCUUCAACUUGUAUACUGCUGUCUAACGCUUAUGCUGGAGCUGGUAUUUGGGAAAAUGUGUCAAAGGUGAGAAAGUUAAUGACACAUAUGGACACAAAAAAGGAGCCUGGUUACAGUCGGAUUGACCUGGGAAAGGAAAGCCUUGUUUUCUAUGCUGGGGAGUCAUUGCAUCCUAUGAGAGAUGAGAUUUCUACUCUGCUUAAAGAGAUGGAUGCGGAAAUGCGGAGAAGAGGUUAUGUGCCUGAUACUAGUUUGGUUUUGCACGAUAUGGGGCAGCAAGAGAAAGAAAGACAGCUCUUUUGGCAUAGUGAGAGAUUGGCUGUGGCUUAUGGGCUGCUAAAUUCUGUUCCAGGGGCUGUAAUACGCAUAGUAAAAAAUCUGAGAGUUUGUGGAGAUUGUCAUAAUGUGCUCAAGUUUAUUUGCUCCAUAACAAAUAGGGAAAUUGUUGUUAGGGACUCCACCCGGUUCCAUCAUUUCAAAGACGGGAAGUGUUCAUGUUGCGACUUUUGGUGAUCACUGAUCACGGAGGAGAAGGUGGUAGGGUUAUAAUAGCU